GGGUAGGGUGGUAUAAGAUUGCGCGGUCGAUAAGACUGCGCACACGUCAUAACAGGACAACGGAGUGAGCUUCGUAGCCAACUUCAGUUGUGUUUUGUUUACUAUCACGCCUGGUAUGCGCUCCCGUAAACAUAUUGAAUACGAGUGGAAAACACAAGAAAUACAAUGUCCAGAAGAGAGAGAAAAUCAACUCGCCAGGUUUGUUCUGAUGAGAUAAUGAACGAGGCUCGCAAGCGAAUUGAUAAUGGAGAAAGUAAAAGAGCAGUGGCUGCGUCUUUAGGGAUGUCAGAAUCUACUUUACGAUUCCGUUUGCAAAAACCACAUUGUGCUACAAAGUUAGGCCGAUUUGAUACAACAUUUUCUACGGAAGUAGAAGCAAAUUUUUGUCAACAACUACAUACAUUAGAUGACAUGUUAUAUGGCCUGACAGCUAAAAGAUUACGAAUUGCGGCAUACGAGUAUGCAGAAAAACACUAUAUUGCUCAUAGAUUCAAUCGAGAAACAAAAAUUGCGGGCAAGGAAUGGUUGCGAGGCUUUCUUCGAAGACACCCUGAUAUUUCCCUGAGACAGCCCACUUCCACAAGCAUUGCACGUGCAAUAGGAUUCAAUAGACCACAGGUGGAGAGGUUUUACAUAAAUUUAUCUGCGCUCAUGGACAAAUAUAACUUCCCACCACAAUCUAUCUAUAACAUGGACGAGACAGGGAUAUCCACAGUACCUAAUAAACAACCGAAAGUAUUGUCCAGAAAGGGUAAACGCUCUGUCAAUAAAAUUUCCAGCGCAGAGCGAGGCACAAACGUGACUAUCGUCAAUGCUGUGUCUGCGACUGGUCAAUUUAUCCCACCCGUGUUUAUAUUUGGGAGAAAGAGAAUGAAAGCAGAACUCUUAGACGCUGCACCACCUGGAUCUGUGGGUAUGGUCUCGGAUUCCAGUUUUAUAAACUCAGAUCUUUAUCUCGAUUGGCUAACGCACUUCAAAGAUCACGCGAAGCCAACUAAAGACCAGCCUAUCCUCCUAAUUUUGGACAAUCACGUGUCACAUUGCACACUAAAAGCUGUCGAUUUUUACCGUGCAAACAACAUAAUUGCCUUGACGUUGCCUCCCCACAGCAGCCACAAAAUGCAGCCACUUGAUAGAGGUUUUCAUGGUGCCCUGAAGAAAUUUUAUUCCAGCGAGUGCGAGAAAUGGCUCCGCAAUCACCCGGGGAGAGCUAUAACCGUCUAUCAGAUGGCUUCAAUUUUUGCAGCGGCUUUUUAUCAAGCUGCAACACCUGGCCGUGGAGUGGAACUCUUCAAGUGCACUGGUAUUGUGCCCUGGAAUCCUGACAUUUUCACAGACGCUGAUUUUUUGGCCAGUAGCGUUACUGAAAGGGAGCCGUCAGUUUCUGCAGCGCGUGUCUCAUGUGAGUCUACGUCAUCCAUCGUUUCACCGGUACAAGCUAACAACACCGCUGCAACUGUUCCACCACAGGCAGGGCCUUUUCACUCAGAGCCACAGCCCGGGCCUUCUCGCUUAGAGCCACAAGCUGGGCCUCCUUUAAAAACAUGCAUAGCAACCGCAUCUGUAUCUGAGAAGCCAUCACAUGUUGCUGAAACGAGGUCUAGUCUUCCAAUAAGUUCAACACCGUUGUCAGAAUUACUUCCAUUUCCUAAAUCAGCACAAAAAAGGAGUUUUAAUCGGAAGCACAAAAAAUCGGAAGUGAUUAGCAGUUCACCAUACAAAAGGGAAGUAGAAGAGAAAGAAAAUGAACAGAAAAAUAAACCUAAAUAUGUACCAAACGCGAAAAAGAUGAAAAAAUCGUUUAAGAAACCAAAGAUAUGCCAUAAAAAGAAGAUUUGGAAGUGUGGAGGAUGCAGCGAAAUUUAUAAGGAGCCAAUACAAGAAGACUGGAUCGCGUGUGAUAAGUGCAAUGUGUGGUGGCACGAAAAUUGCUCAGACUACAAUGGCUCAGGAGCUUUUAUUUGCGACUUAUGCAAAUAAAUGGGGAUGCGCAAUCUUAUCCACCAAGAUGCGCAAUCUUAUCCACCAAGAUGCGCAAUUUUACACACUAGGGUGUAUAACAUUGCGCAUUUCCCGACUCGUGGUUUUUUGUUAAUUCCUUAGAAGUUUGUUUAUUUUUUGUUAAAACUAGUAUGCUAAUUUGUAUCCAGUAGAAUUGGACUGAAUAAAUAAAUGAUUGAUCUCAGAUAAGAUUUACAUUUUUCAUUUUAU